CAUUCAAUUUUGACAAUGCUAGAAGCUAGAGCCAUGAAGAGCCAAAUUGCUGAAUUUUUCGCAAACCAAACGGUUUUUCUAACUGGGGGAGGAGGCUUUUUGGGUAAAGUCUUGAUCGAAAAACUCCUACGAGAAUGUUCCGAUGUGUCGAAAAUUUAUAUGCUGAUGCGGCAAAAGAAGGGAAAAACACCCCAGCAGCGUGUGAGCGAAGUGUUCGACUUUCCUUGUUUUGAUUACAUCAAAGCCAACAAUGCGGCUAUCAUUAAGAAAGUGCACGUCAUUCAUGGUGACUGUCAGAAACCGGAUUUGGGAUUGGACCCUGAAGAUGUGAGGGUGUUAAAAGCCGAAACUACGUGCGUUAUUCACGCUGCAGCAAGUGUUAGGUUUGACCAAUCGCUGAAAGAGGCUAGUUACAAUGUUCGUGCCACAAGAGAUAUCCUGGAAUUGGCUAAACAAAUGGCAAAUUUGAAAUGUUUCAUUUUCGUUUCCACGGCUUAUUCCAACCCUCUUAAUGCUCACGUGAAAGAAGAUUUUUACGAGCCACCAAUCGAAGCCGAAAAGCUACUAAAUGUUGUGAAUUCCCUCGACGAUAGUGUGCUUCAAAGAGUCACACCACAACUUUUGGGAGAAUGGCCCAAUACUUACGUUUACACCAAAUCAAUUUCCGAAAGUUUGAUACGAUCUAUUGAUACUUUUCCCAUUGCCAUCAUACGUCCAGGAAUUAUUCUUAGUUCGGCUAAGGAACCAAUGCCAGGCUGGAUUGAUAAUUUCUAUGGUCCUGUUGGUAUAGCCACGGGUGCGGGUGUGGGAGUUUUGAAAACUUUCCACGCAAAACGCGAUGCUGUGGCCGCCAUGGUACCAGUUGAUUAUGUCGUUAAUGCCCUUUUGUCAAUUAUGUGGAGAAUAGGUACCGAAAAAACGAAAACUCCAACAGUGUACAAUUUUGCUGGGCACAAAACCAACAAAAUCACUUGGGGACAGUUUACGGAUAAUUUAAGAGAGCUUUAUUGGAUAGCUAUCCCUAAAUGUCUUUUUUGGUACGUCUCGUUUGUACUGAGAGAAAACCAAAUUUCCUACAAACUGACAACAUUUUUUUCGCAUACCCUCUUUGGUUACAUCAUUGAUUUUGUCCUCUUCUGUUUAGGGAAACGCACUCUGGCGGUUAAAGGGUAUGCUCGACUGCAUAAAACCCUUGAUUUAAUCGCAUGGUUUUCAACAAGGACAUGGGACUUCGAUGACAAUAAUAUCUUAAAACUAUGGAGCGAAAUGGGGGAAGAAGAUAAAAAAAUAUUUGAUUUCAAUAUGGAAAAACUAAACUGGGACGCUUACCUACGCGACUCUGCUUUUGGGAUGAGAUAUUUUUUGCUGAAGGAAUCAUUAGAGACAGUUCCUGAAGCCAAAAGAAAACUCAGAAUUAUGUUUGUUGCGCAUUACGCCAUUAUUAUAUUAUUUUGGUUCUUGAUGUACAAGCUUAUGACAUUUAUGUAUGGAUUGUUUGUCUAACUAAAAAUAUAAAAAAAACUGUA